CCGGGCCCUGCCGACCCAUCUACCCAGCCCUGGCAGGAGUGGUAACCCAAGUGUGAAGUGCAAUGCAGCCCGCUAAAUUGCUAAACACAGAUUAGAAUUAAGCACGAGAAAGAAGUCAAGGAAGCCAUCCUCUGCAACGGCCACGGAGCAACCCAACGACGACGACGGACGAAAGGACGGACAGCGAGUCAGCCACCACCCCUUCGGCCCUACUUCCGAUUUCCGACUUAAUCUCUGGUGCUCUCAUAUCCACCUUGCAGAGUAACAAAUAAUGGGGUUUUGCAAAGCUGAAGUGAAUUUGAGGAGAUUACUUGAAACUGCACCACAACAGAAAAAUCAAGCAAAGCUCAUACAUUAUGUUGCCACAUUGCGGGAACUGUUGGAGCAGUUGGCCGAAGAAAGGACUCCAGAAGGACUGCCUAGGAUCUCCAAGGCUAAAGUGACUGAAUAUGCUGAAAAAAUUGAAGCUGUUGCAGCUAAAGUUGCUGUACCUGUGGAGGAGUCUCAGGAGCAUGUGGUUGACAAAUCUGAGGUUGAAAUUCAUAAAACAGAGGGGGAAAGUAUACACUCUCCUACUGGAGGACUGAGAAGAAGAUUUGUGCUCCCAUUGAAUACUAUGGAAACAUCUCACGACGAGGUGGAUGCGGACCGAUCUACCCAGGUCAAACUUGAUGAUGCUGCGUUGACACACAUUGAUAAGCAUAGGAAACUUCAGGAGACCUUGACAGAUGAAAUGGUUGUCUUGGCACGACAACUCAAAGAGAGUAGUCUCAUGAUGAACCAAUCAAUUAAAAAUACAGAAAAGAUACUUGAUUCAACAGAGAAAGCUGUUGAGCGUAGCUUGGCGAGUACAGGGAAUGCUAAUGUUCGUGCCAUGAAAGUGUACUCGCAGAGUUUCAAGACCACUUGCUUCACAUGGCUUAUGAUCUUUGUUAUGACCUGCAUCUUUGUUAUGGUCGUGCUUCUCAUACGCAUCACUUGACCGCCAAAAAAACCCUUUACUUUCAACGCCUGACACCAUGUUCACACAUGGAAGACUCUAAAAUGGAUCUGCUUAUAUCACGUGAUGCACUACAGUUGGACUGCUGCCUGCUGGUUGGCAUCGUUGAUUUGAGGGUGUUUGACAUUAAUUGUUAUUGUGAUUUUCUUUCCAAAUAGAAUCAGAUUUAGAAAUUUUCAGUAAAUGGAAAAUGUUUUCUGUGUUUGACAUUUCUUCUAUAGUAUGAAAUUGAAAGUCAAGAGUUUUUUCAACUUCCAGAGUUGCAGCUAUCAAUUCGUUCUUGUGUGAACUGACAAAAAGGGUAUAAUAAUGUGUUGGCAUUAUUUUAUUGUAAUAAGAAAGAAUUGAAUACGAACACCUCUGGUUGUCUUUUGUUGUAUGUGCA